AGACUCUUAAGAUAAAGAGAAGAUGUGCAGCUGAUGGUUGAAACUGGCUUAGAGGCAUUCAGAUUCUCCAUCUCUUGGUCUAGGCUUACACCCAAUGGAAGAGGUUCUGUUAACCCAAAGGGUUUACAGUUCUACAAGAAUUUCAUCCUUGAACUUGUAUCCCAUGGAAUUGAACCACAUGUUACACUGUACCAUUACGAUCAUCCUCAGCAACUCGAGGAUGAAUAUGGAGGAUGGCUCAACCGCAGAAUUAUAAAAGACUUUACAGCUUAUGCAGAUGUUUGCUUCAGAGAGUUUGGGAACCACGUAAAAUUCUGGACCACAAUAAACGAGGCUAAUAUAUUCACUGUAGGAGGUUACGACGGUGGGAAUACACCGCAUGGUCGUUGUUCUACCUGCUUGUCAGGCAACUCAUCGACUGAACCAUAUAUCGUAGCCCAUAACUUGCUUCUUGACCACGCCUCUGCUUCAAGGCUAUACAGACAAAAGUACAAGGAUACACAAGGAGGUUCUGUAGGCUUUAGCAUAUUUGCAAUAGGAUUUAGACCUAGUACAAACUCCAAGGAUGAUGAAAUGGCAAUCCAAAGAUUCAAAGAUUUCUUCUUCGGCUGGAUGCUGGGGCCUCUUACAUAUGGAGACUAUCCAGAAGGAAUGAAAAGAAUACUAGGAACAAGACUGCCAGUUUUCACAAAGAAAGAAUCAGAACAAGUUAAAGGCUCCUCUGACUUUGUAGGGGUCAUUCACUAUCUUGCUGCUUCUAUCUCAAACGCCCAAUCCCAACCUUCUCUUCCAGGGAACUCUGCUUUUUUUACAGACAUAGGCGCGUCUUUGACAUGUAGGAAUUAUAACCCCCAAUCCACAAUCAGAACUUCUUUCUUCUCCUCCUUGCGGUAA